CGGCCCGCCCAGCGGCACGUGCGGACCGGCGGGCCGAGCGGCGCCGAGCAACAAGAUGGAGUAUGACUGGCUCGGCUUCGGGUACGCGGCGCUGGUCGCUUCUGGUGGCGUGAUUGGCUACGCCAGAGCAGGUAGUGUCCCAUCUCUAGCUGCUGGUCUUCUCUUUGGUGGUUUAGCAGGAUUAGGUGCUUACCAGCAGUCCAAAGAUCCAAAGAAUGUGUGGCUUUCUCUUGUGGCAUCUGGAACUUUGGCUACAGUUAUGGGAAUGAGAUUUUACAACUCCAGAAAAGCAAUGCCUGGGUUAAUUGCUGGUGCCAGUUUACUCAUGGUUGGACGUCUAGGAUUACAGCUCAUGGAAAAGCCUCUUAAGCCAUAAAUCUGCAACAAGUCACUUGAAGAUACAUUACUGAGAAGCCUGAAAAUGCAACUGCCUGAAUGUACUACACAAAAGCAAAAAAGAGACUGCUGUCUGUGCAUUUUAUUUUUCAUAUCUUUUAAUGCAUGUAGAUUGUGUUUUUAAAGGACAGAAGAUGAGAGCCCUUACGUUGUCCAAAAUGGUAUUUGUCUCAACAUCUUCUGCACUGUGAAGCGAGAAAAUACAGGAAUAGUAUUAGUUUAGUUUCUGGUCCUGCAGCUGACUGUAGGCAAAGACCUCUUAGCACUUGCAUGCAAACAAUUGCAGGAUUGAACCUUUAAAUAUACAUUUGGAUUUGUCAUUCUGAGAUUUGUUAUAUUCUAAAACCAAGAUAGAGAAUUUGCCGAUUUGUCAUUAAUAUUUACUGUUAACAAACGUGCUCAUUCUAUUAGCUCUUCCUCUAGCAUUUAUCUGCCAAUUUAUUCUGUCAUCAAUUUUGAAUCCUCUCAAUCAAGGACUUUGUUCGUUCAGCACUGUGUGUUAGAACCUCGCCCCGUAAGACGCAACCAUGGAGCAGGCUGUCAAGGUUCUACAGUAAUGCGAUGAGUGUAAACCCGUUACUUAAAAUCGUGAGCAAAAGUGCCCAACUACAGGCCAUUUUAUAGACUAUUGUUCAUCAAAGAAAUCAAAAUAUGCUUCAUUAGAUAAUACUAAAUUGUAGGCAUAGCUCUUGCAUUUCAUGAGACGUAAAAUAAACUAACAGAUGAUUAUUACGAA